UGUACUUGAAACAGGAAAUACCCUAGGAAGUAGCAAUCUGGUCAGUAAUCAGACAUUCUCUGGUGAUAUUUACGCAAGUAAAUUGACAAUUUUUCCCGUGUUAGUAGGUAUACCACCUGUUAAUCAAAAUGGGGAAAAGGCAACAUCAAAAAGAUAAAAUGUAUAUUACCUGUUCGGAGUAUACCCACUUCUAUGGAGGGAAAAGAACAGUAAUUCCACAGGCCAACUUCAAACGUCUUCCCUUUGACCACUGCAGUUUGUCUCUCCAGCCAUUUGAAUAUCCCAUGUGCACGAAAGAAGGCGUUGUUUUUGAUCUAAUGAGCAUAGUGCCAUGGUUAAAGAAGUAUGGUACAAACCCUAUCUCUGGAGAGAAACUGGAGGCAAAGGACCUUGUGAAGCUGAACAUUAGCAAGAACAGCGAAGGCAAAUAUCACUGCCCUGUCCUCUACUCCGUCUUCACCAACAACUCCCACAUUGUUGCCAAUAGGGUCACAGGCAAUGUGUACUCUAAUGAGGCUGUGGAGCAGCUCAACAUCAAGACCAAAUCCUUCAAAGAUCUUCUUACUGAUGAGCCAUUUACACGCCAGGACCUUAUCACCUUACAGGACCCGACCAAUCUGGAUAAGUUCAACGUGUCCGACUUUUUCCACGUGAAAAACAAUCUGAAAGUCCUUGAUCCAGAUGAGGAGAAGGCCAAGCUGGACCCGGCCUACCACCUAAAGACCACCAACCUGGAGACGCGUGAGACCCUGGCUGAGCUCUACAGGGACUACAAGGGGGACGAGCUGCUGGCCGCCUCCAUGAAGGAGCCCGAGGCCAAGAAGACUGACAAGCUCAAUGCCGCCCACUACUCCACCGGUCGGGUGUCGGCCUCCUUCACCUCCACUGCCAUGACUCCUGCCACGACCCAUGUAGCAGAUGCCAUCGCUGAUGAUACGGUCCGCUUCCAGUACGUGAAGAAGAAGGGCUAUGUGCGUCUGCACACCAACAAGGGCGAUAUCAACCUGGAGCUGCACUGCGAUAAGGUACCCAAAGCAGGCGAGAACUUCAUCAAGCUGUGCAAGAAGGGCUAUUACAACGACACGAUCUUCCACCGCUCCAUCCGUAACUUCAUGAUCCAAGGGGGGGACCCCACUGGCACUGGUACAGGAGGUGAAUCGGCUUGGGGGAAGCCAUUCAAGGAUGAGUUCCGACCCAACCUCUCCCACACUGGCCGUGGCAUCCUCAGUAUGGCCAACUCGGGGCCCAACACCAACAAGUCCCAGUUCUUCAUCACGUUCCGUUCCUGCACCUACCUGGACAGAAAGCACAGUGUGUUCGGCAGAGUGGUGGGGGGGUUUGAGACUCUCACUGCCAUGGAGAACGUGGAGAGUGAUCCCAAGACAGACCUGCCCAAGAGUGAAAUUAAGUUGCUGACCGCGACUGUGUUUGUGGACCCAUACGAGGAAGCAGAUGCACAGAUUGCGGCGGAGCGGGAGAAGGAGGUGCAGCAGCAGCAGCAGGAGCAAGCGGACGCUGCUGCCGCCCAGAGCCGAGCCAAGGAGGAGAAGCAGCCCAAGACAUUCAGGCCCGGCGUGGGCAAGUACAUCAACAUGGCUGCCAAGAAGCGCCCCGGGGACAACGAGAAGCCCUCCACCAGUGAGGCGGCGUCAGCAUCGGCGGCCAAGAAGCCCAAAGGCAGGACCGGGUUCGGGGACUUCAGCUCCUGGUGACGAGGCUCUCCACGCUGGUCCUGCUUGUUUUUAUCUUUCGCAUGAGCUCACCGAUGCUGUCACAGGCUCCUGUCCUGAUUGGGCAGUUGUCUCCGGGGCUCUUGUUGUUCAACGGCUCUCGGUGGGUGCGCACGUCAGAGCCGUCGCCAUGACGACGGCCGAUGCCCGUGCUAAGGGCUCUCGUCGUGGCAGGGUGCUGCGUGGGAUGCUCAUCAGUGGCGGUGACGCCAUUGCUGGAGAGAGUGCCGCCGUGAGCCCAUGCAUGUCCGCCUGCCCCUAACCUUUCUAGCUGCCCGGCCAUAUGACACACGGCAGUCAGCCUCUCCAGAGGCACACAAAAAAAGCCCAGACGCAGAAGAGAUUUCAUAACACCUGCUUUUACUUUAAAACACACACUGGCUUUCCUGGCAGAUUGUAGCCGAUAUGAUUUUUCUUUACUACCCCAGACACUGGAAAAAACAGAUUGUGAUACUAACUUUAAUACUUUCCUUGGUCACAGAUGCAGUGCAGUCAUGGGGGCAAAAAAGUGAAAAUAUUUCAUCUUAGAAAAUAAGUGUUUAACCUGGAUUGACCCUGUAUUCCAGAGUCAAUCCAUCAUAGAAUGAAAUCUUUUUUUUGUGUUCAUUCAUAGAGCCUACAGUUUCCCAGAGAUGCGUUAGUAUCACACAAAGUGUAUGCAUUAACUCAGCAUGUAACUUUGGGUAAAAGAAUGUGCUUAAACAAAUACAUGUUAAUGUCAUGUAAAAAAGCACUUCAGUUCUGAGAAGACAGACUCUGUUUCAUCCCAUGCAAUUGGAGCACACUGGAAGCACAGCCAAGUUUGUCAGAUUCAACUUUCUAUUACAUCUGAUCACAGUUGCACUUUCCCCAGUGUUUUCACUUUCUCUGGGCUUUUGUGUGUGUGUGUGUGUGUGUGUGUUGGUGUGUGUUUUUUGUUCUAAAGAGGUUAAAUGGAGACUGUAAGACAGGUGUCAAUUGCGCUCAAGCCUUAUCAG